UCGGGCGAACUUUGCCGAGGGCGCGCCGAUCUGUCGCUCACUUAUAUUCGAAGGCAGCGAGAGAUCAGUCGUUCAGUCAGAGGGCUGGAGGUAUGGAUGUUAGAGGAUGUGGCUUUUGCGGUCGCGCAGUACAAGAGCGAAGCCGAAGCAUACUUUAAGCAUGACCUAAACUGGAGGAGGCGGGGUGCGUUCGCUGCGCUCCGUUAACUGCUGGGCUGCCGGGGAAAGGGAGAGAGACGCGUACUGGAAAGUGAAGACCUGACAUUCGUGUUUUUUUUUCCUUUUGAAGUAAAUACUAAGAAAAGAUCGUUUCUUCCCGGAUGUGUGAGACAGAGCGCGCCUGUGCGGUGAGCGGGGCGCAUUUCCACUGACAUGGGUGCGUAACUGGCGACUGUAGUCUACCUGGCCUGAACCUUAACGUGAACCCACAGCAUCCCAAACAGGAAAAAUGGGCUGUGGACUGCAGAGGCUGAGGAAGUCGGAGGAGAACAGCCCGGGGAAAAUCUACUCCACCCUGAAGAGACCACAGGUGCAGAUCAAGGUGGGGGUGGCCUACACCUACCGAUUCGUGGACUUCCUCCUGGGUGCAGAAGCGCUCCCCGGCCCCUCGGUGCUCUGCCUGUCCUCGGUCAGGGACCUGCCUGGGCGGCUGAGGGAGCUGUACCUGCAGGGCUUCGUCCUGGCGGCUGUGCACCCCUUCGUUCACCCCUGUGGCCCGGAGGGGGUACAGAGGCAGCUCCACCGCGCUGUGCUCAUUCGGCUCUCUGACAGUACUGACAAGAACCAGGCCCAGGGUGAGGCCCAGUAUCUGGAGGCAGACCUGGUCCUGUCCGCCGAGCAAUUCCCAGAUGCAGAGCUGAUACAUGGAUACAUAAAGAAGGUGCAGGACGUGGCGGAGCUGGGCAGCUUUUUCGCGGGCUUCCUCCACCAGCCAGGGGAGGCGCUGUGUUCCUCAGGACAAGGCGAGCUGGAGGACUUCUCCCUGUCCCUCCACUCCAGUCCAACGUCUGUCCAGAGAGACUGGUCUGACCAAAGCCAGAUCGAGAGCCCCAAGCAUCAAUCUAGAUUGGAGGAGCAGGACCGAAAGAUGGAGAACGGUACCAGGGAGGAUGAUGGAGACCGUCAGCCGGACGGGCAGGAGACUGAGGCCCCCAAGGGCCCAGACACCCAACCAGAGGCCCGACUGGAUGAGAGUGGGCAGAGCGGCUCCCGAAACAGCACAGACUCCCCAUCCACCUGUGACAACAACCAGGGCAAAUCACCGGGCAGGGGGGGAUGUCAGGCGAGGCCUGCGAAGCACCACAGCAGGUUGGAGCUCUUUGCCUUGUUUAGCCACAUGGAGGCGCCAGCGAGUCUUCAGAGGUACUACACUGUGAAGGUGCCCCUGCGCGUGCAGCUGUGCAACGGGGCCAUCAGCAGCGUGGACGCCAACUGGUUGGAUCACAUGACCCAGCACUUUUCCAGCGGUGCCUUGUUGGUCGACGCAUACUUCCAGCUGGGGAGCGACAGCGAUUUCCCCGGCAAGCUGGUGGAGAGCGUGUUUGUAUUCCAGGAAGGAGAUUCCACCAAACCCAUGGCGUACGACGCCAUUGUGGUGGAGCAGUGGACCAUCCUCAACAACACAGAGGUGAAGACUGACUAUAUACCCUUGCUGCAGUCUCUGGCCCUCUACGGAUGGAGGCUCACGUGCGUCCUGCCCACACCUAUCGUCAAACCCAACAGGGAUGGCAGCCUGGCCACCAAGCAGAUCCUCUUCCUCCAGAGGCCCAUCCUGGUCCACAAGAAGAAGGACUCCAAGAAGCUGAGUCUCAGAGCGCGGAGCAAGUCGGGCAAGAAGUCGGCGAAAGACGCACCGAAGAACAAAAGCGAGAGGGAGGGCUGCUCCCCAGCGACAGAGAAAGAGAUGGAGGAGCAGGAGACGACUGAGAAGGUGGAGAGCACGGAAAGCGGAGAAGAUGGAGAGAGAGUUAAGAGGAAAAACGACGAAAACAGGCAGAACGAGAGAGCGGCCACAGGUAAACACACCAAAGAGGAGGAGAGGAAAGGUGGGCCAGAAGCAGAAACGGGUGACGAAAGUGCGGCGGAGGUGGAGACCCAGGAAGGGAAAGAGGCAAAGCCAGACAUAGAAAUGAAAGAAGCAGCCCUUCAGGAACCAACCAAUCAAGAACCAGAAGGUGGAGUCACAAGUGAGGGUCAUCAUAAGGAAGGGCCAGUGAAUGAUGAGGCUGGAGGUGGGGCUUGUGAGGACAGUGCCGCAUCACAGCCGAGCCGAGAGGCUAUAGAUCCAGGCUGCUCUGCAAGCCCAGAAAUCUCAGCAUAACUAAGAAUCUCCAGCUAGAAGCUGCCCACAGAGGUGUCCGAGGAGAACUUGGCAAGACAUGCAAAACCCAGCCGAGGGAAACUGUGUAGUUAAUACUGCUGAUACGUUGUGCGAAAGUGCUUUUCUUUACGGAGAUUGUGCGGUUGUCAUUGCCCUCUAGGGCAGCUCCUUAGACCCAUGACCAGGUCAGUCCCAGGAACCUAAAGAAGUCUAUAAAGAUCUAGAUCUCACAGCCUUGUCUUUCACCAUUGUGUGAAACAUGACAAGGUAUGAGGACCAUGGUGAUCCAUGUGGACCAUGGUGAUCAGACAGGGAAGUUCUUAGAGGAGCCUGUCUGGAUGUCCAUGCUGCGACCCCCCCCCCCCAAACUGUGCCAUCCUGGGGGUGGAUUCAUAUGCCAAAGGAUUGUGCAAAUGCACUAAACCAUGAAAACAAUUCAGUCAAGUCAACUCAAGGGACUGCACAGGCCAGCCCAUUCCACAGUACAGCCACUUGUCUGAGGUGAUGUUUUCAACUGAGUAUCUCUGCCAGACAGCUUCACGGACUCCAAAGACAUACUGUAUGUGUAACAGAUAUGUGGUGUAAAUGCGCUAAGAACGCUGCAGGGAUGCAGGAUUGCUGCGCUGCUGACAUUCUGCCGCAUUCCCUGGCGCUUACGAGCACGUGGACUCGGAACUGUACAGAGGGAAACCUCAGCAGCUAGCGGUCCCCGGUGGACAUCUGUCGCUGUUCACACUGUUUCGGUAUUUGCUGUCGUAGCGGUAGAAGCAGGUCACAUGGUUUCUGGUCACAUGGGCAUACAGUGAGUCGUGUGUGUGUGCAGCCUGCGGUAUUUAAGCAUAUUAACCAAGAAACGUAUUAAGAGUACCUAAAAUGUCUUGUUUAUAAAAAAAAAAAAGUAAGUUUUGUGACAGGUCUUGUAAUGGGGUCUGUAUGUUGUAAGUAAUGUGAAAGAAAGAUUAAUAGUUACUCUGUAGUGGUGGCAGGCAACCAAGGGAUAAAAUGAGGGUUCAAAUGACAGUCCUUCAAGAAGGA